AUGCAACACUCUGAAGCAGCCUACCGGUACCAACGGACUGAUCUCCCUACAGAGGCUCAGUUACCCACCCCUGCAACAGAUGACAGAACUCUUCAAGAGGUCGCUAAGAGGCUUGGUCCUGAUUGGGUAAAACUGGCAGUUGAGUUGCGCUUUGAGAUGGUAGAGGUUCAGACUAUCGAGGCAAAUUACGCAAAAGAUGUCCAAAGGCAAGGUCUGGAAAUGCUUGUAGCAUGGAAACAGGCCCAGUCCACCGGUGUUGAACAGCAGAGGACCACGUUGUGCACAGCAUUGGAGAAGAUCGGAAGAGCAGAUAUUGCCGGAUUUCUGCACGGACUGCCAGCACCCAGACCCCAGUACAGUCAGAGACCCGACCAAGAAGCAAGGUUGAUGGAUCCCUGCCAAGAAGCGGGUAACAAGACUAGGGACAAGUUAAAGAUAUUUUAUAAAACAACAGGCAGUUACGUGCAGUUGUUACCUGGGGUUGAUAAUGACCAAAAGCACAUAACUGGUAUAUACACCAAAGUGCAAUUAGAAACACGAGAAGGGGUAGCAGAAGUCACUGAUAAGAAAGGAGAAACUGUAAACUCAACAGAGUAUGCCAAAAUAUUCAGAUUAAGGACAAAAACUGGGGAACUCAUCAAACGCCUCCUUUUCUAUGGCAUGGGGGGUGUGGGGAAGUCCACUAUUUUUGAUAAGAUUGCAUUUGACUGGGCCGAAGAGGCAAGCGAAAUCCUGAAAAGAUUCGAGCUUGUCUUUCUGUUAAAGAUGUGUGCCCUGUCGCAAGAAUCUGAUCUUGUUGCUUCCACUUUCGAUCAGCUUCUAGGCGAAGAUUCAGGAAUAGCAACAGAUGAACUUGAUCAAUUCAUCCUAGCCAGCCCAAAUGAGGUAUUGAUUCUUUUGGAUGGUUUCGAUGAAAUGAGCACCAAAACACUCGAUGCAGCCUCAUUCGGUUCUAUCCUAAAAGCACUCAAUAGAACAAAAUACCGGGAAUGUGUAAUCUGUGUAUCAACACGCCCCUCUCAUCUUGAGAAACUGACGUCAAAAUCACUUAUCCAAAAUCCUUGCACACACGUAGAGGUUCUGGGGUUUACUGAUGAGGAUGUUAAUGAAUAUAUUCGGAAGUUCUACAAGGAAGAUCGUGAUAGUGGCAAGGCACUUAUCCAAACCAUAAGUAAGUCCAACGCAAUGAGUGAUUUAGCUAACAAUCCUAUGUUGUUGCUGCUUAUUUGCUUAUUGUGGAGGGAAAGUAAACAACUCCCCAAAACAACUUCACGCCUUUUCUCUGCGGCAGUUGAUUACAUGUUCAGGAGAAAACAAGAAAUCUCUGGCGAAGAUGUAGCAAAAACAUUGAUUGCAAUAGGAAAAACUGCGCUGCAAGGACUCAUAGGUGCUAACCAGACAUUCUCAUUCCAAGAAGAUGAGUUUGAAUCCAAGGCGCUGGACUUAGCACUAAAAGCAGGCAUCCUGACCCAGCAGAGAGUUAUUAAGAACCGUAAAUCUCACAACAAUAUACAAUUCAUGCACAAGACAGUACAGGAAUACUGUGCAGCGAAAUACUUGCAGAGUGUUCAUAUGUCCAACAGGGGACUUGCAAAGCGUACGAUGUACAAAGUUGUACAAUUUGGAGAAUUUCAAAACAAUUUAAGGCAACUUUGUCUGACACUUGAGGGCGUCGUUUCAAACGAUUUCCUGUUGCGUUUUUGUUGUGGUGACAAUGAGAAGUGCAUGACCGACAUCGUAAAUUUGCUUGACCGUGACAUGCCCAGACUGACUGACCUGAGCCUUGCUGACAACCAAGCACUGGGUGAAUCAGCUGAAUCUUGGGCCCAGAAUUUGACGAAACUGAGGAACAUCAAGACAUUGAACCUGAGUAAUUGUUCAUUGCAAUGGACACACAUUGAAGGCAUUGCAUCGGCUGUAAGUGAACUGCCCAGCCUGACUGACUUGAUCCUCACUGACAACCCGGCGCUUGACGUAUCGACUGAGAAGUUGUCCCGUUAUUUGUUAAGAGUGAAGCAAAAACACACGCUGGACCUGAGCAAUUCCUCACUGACGUGGAAUUUUUACACGAUUUCCUGUGUCAUGUUUGUGUGCAACAACAUUCCCACACUGACUAACUUGAGCCUUGCCGACAACCUAGCACUGGGUGGAUCGGCUGAGUUGUGGGCCAAUACUUUGUCUCAACUCAAGAACAUAGAGAUGUUGAACCUGAGCAAUUACAUUGAACACAUUGCCUCGGCUGUAGGUGUCAUGCCCAGAUUGACUGACUUGAUCCUUGCUUACAACACAGCUCUGAGCAAAUCAGUUGAGUUGUGGGCCAAGGAAUUGCCGAAGAUGAAGCACUUACAUAGGCUGGACCUGAGUGGUUGCGAUUUGACACCAUCAGACGUUGAACACAUUGACUCGGCUGCACGUGACAUGCCCAGUCUGGCUAAAGUUGUGCAUUGGGGGAUUAUUAGAUAA